AUGGGUGAUUCUGAGGCUGUUCCUGCUGCUGCCACUGCUACUACUAGUAAACCUAUCAGAUAUGUUGAUAUUGGAAUCAACCUGAGUGAUCCCGUAUUCUCGGGUAGUUACCAUGGCAAACAGGUUCACGACAGUGACCUGGACGACAUUGUACAACGUGCAAAGGACAUCGGGUGCCAGAAGUUCAUGGUGACUGGCUCUGACCUGGAGGAGUCUCGGCGCGCACUCCAACUUGCACAUGACUACCCUGGAUUUUGCUAUGCAACUGUUGGUGUCCACCCUUGUCAGGCGAAGAUGUUCGAUGAGUACCCCGGUGGACCUUCCAAAAUGCUCGAAGAGCUCCGGACGCUCGCAUUGCAGUCGAAAGAGAAUGGACAGGCUGUCGCGUUCGGUGAAAUCGGCCUGGAUUAUGAUCGCUUGUUUUUGAGUGCGAAAGAACCUCAGCUGAAGUACUUUGAAGCCCAGUUGGAUCUUGCUGUGGAGAUCCAACUCCCUCUUUUCCUUCAUUCUCGCGCUGCUAGUGAGGAUUUUGAGAGAUUGUUGGGGCCGCGACUUGCCAAGCUCCCCAAGAGAGGACUUGUGCAUAGUUUUACAGGGACUCUGGAAGAGAUGGAGCGGAUGGUUGCUCUUGGGCUUGAUAUCGGCGUGAACGGUUGCAGUCUGAAGACAGAGGAGAAUCUCGAGGUGGUGAAGGCUAUCCCGCUAGAGAGACUCCAGAUUGAAACAGAUGGCCCUUGGUGCGAAAUUCGUCCUUCCCAUGCCUCGUCUAAAUACCUCAAGGGUGCGCCGGAGUUGCCAAAGGCUGUCAAGAAGGAGAAGUGGCAGAAGGGUCUCAUGGUCAAGGGUCGCAAUGAGCCUGCCGCGAUAGCCCAUGUCGCCUACGUCAUCGCCCAGAUCAAGGGGAUAACGGUGGAAGAGGUCUGCGAAGCUGCUUGGAAUAACUCGAUCAAAAUGUUUGGGCUUGGGGAAGAUGCAUGA